CAUUUCCCCACCCCACAAGCAGCAGCCUGUGGAGCAGGAGCAGGAAAAUGUUACAACAUGGAUAGCAAUUCCUGGACAUUACCGGUGAGAACUCAAUAUAGGAAUGUUUUUCAUAAAUUGAACCCAUCCUCAGAGACCUGCUCCCUGCCUUGGAAGCAUUUUUCUACCUGACCUGGGAGGGCGGGGCCCUGAAUGACUCCAGUUACAAACGCUGAGGCUGCAGAACAGAAUCCUCGGCUGGAGUAUUGUUUAGAGGGGGUUGUUGCUGUUAAUUUUUUGUACCUUUAUUUUGUAUCUUAUGAUUUAUGUGGAAAUUGUUCGAUUUUGUCAUAUGUUGUGUUUAUUGUUUAUGUGGUGUUCGAAAUUAGCCAGGCGCAUCUUGCAGUUGGCUUUCGACCACUUGUGACCAAGUGAAGACGCUUGGGGGCUAGGAUGGCGCCUGACAUCUCCAUCAUCUGGGGAUCACUGGAUCUGGACUGUUUCCGCACCCGAAUACCUCAUCCUGUAAAAUUCUAUCAGUUAUAUUUUAUCUGCACAAUCGGAAUGAAUUUCUGGAACCAAAUUGCUUUUUCUGUGCAGCCUGAGCAGGAGCAGACAUCAUUAAAAAAAGAGAGGUCGGAAUAGGCCAAUAUAUAUACGCUGUCCCUUGAUCAAGUGACUUUUCUUCUUUAAGUUCUCAAAGCUCUUAACCUAGCUCAAGCUCAAUGACAGAUGUUUAACUGAGAAUCAAUCAGUCCAUCAUUUGAAAAAUAAGACUUUAGAACCGUCUUGCCCAAAAAUGGAAACUAGACAUUUCAUUUUGGCGACUGCAACCUUGGGUUAAGGAGCUAUUUGGCACCUACCUUAUAUAUCUUAAUUUUUAACACUGUGUUUAUGACUACUUUUGUUAUGUUUCUAGUUAUGUAUUUUUUGUUGUUGUAAGCUGCCUUGAGCAUGGUUUUAACUUUGGAAAAGUGGCGUACAAAUAAAAGAUUAAAAACUAAUGGCCUGAAUUCAACUAACUGGCGUUCUAGCAGAAGCAAAUGAACUAGCCUAAUGGGGCUCUCUUCCCCACACACCCUGAUGAGCAAUGUGUAAAUUCUAAACUGGAUUAGUGACUGGGGAAGGAAUCAGCAGGUGAUAGCUGUAUCGAUUAAAAAAAGGCAGAAAUCAUCUACAUGUGCAAUAAACUGCAAGUGUGUAAGAACUGUAAGUGUGUGCCACCCAUUAAUGCAGACCUUGAGAGAGUAUUACUCCUUUGCCAAAAAAAUUACUGUCUGCUGCUUCCCAUCUAGUACUGUUUAGGUUAUAAUUUAGAUUUUCCCAUUGACAGUCAGAAAACCUGUCCAUCUUAGCCAAGUCAAGCCUAAAUAAUUUUGGCCUAAAGUAUAAAGAAUCCAGAUAUAUAGAAAUAACUAAACCUAAAGAGCUGAGGGUAGAGGCCAUUCGAUAAUCUUAACGAUCAUAAAAACAAUGCUCUUUUAAUAUUUGGCAUGUGGUACCUGUGAAGCACAAAGUUAAAAUUAGUUAACAUUCAGUUAGGAUUGUCAUAGUCUCUAAAGAGAAUUAGUAAGAGCUUCUGAAUCUGAUAGAAUAUGACUGAGAAAGCCUGAAGUCCUAGAGAGAGAGAAGUCAUGCAUUCAAAUCACACCCACAGGUUUUUUUCAAUGCCUCGAGAUGCAGAAUUCCAAUUACACCCACAUACCUGAAUGCACAAUUACAGGUGCAUUAAAACAGCCUAAAGAGUAAUUAAAAGCAAAAUCUUAAAUCCACUUCACUUGGCAAGUCUGUUUUCUAGAUACAUUGAGCAGGAGGUGAUCUACAUAUAUACAAGAUGUCUGUGCUACUGUGUUGUACCUGCUAAUUCUGCAGAACUAUACAAGUUUGUUAAAGAUAUAUUCCAUCUGUAGCAUAACCCGGGGAGGGGGAAAUAGCACACCACCAAGAGUAUUUUUAAAGUGCUAACCAGAAGUGUGCAAACACCUCUUUAUAAUAAUGUAUUUCCUGCACUAAAAAUAACUCAAAUAAGGUUCUCUCAUUACAGACCAUGAAGUAAUGGUAAACUAAAUUUACAUUCUGGUUUGAUUAAGAAGGUUAAUCAGAGGCUGGUGCCUGUUCAAAGAAAUGCCUAUACGAUCAAAGACUAUUUUGCUUAUUGAAUGUAUAAUAACCAAGUUUCACAUUAUAACUCAGCAGCUUUGGUCACCCCACUUAUUCCCAGUUGCUUAUCUGAAAAAUAGGAACAGCUGCAGAGCUGCUCUGAUAUCAUUACCAAAUUCUGUAAAGCACUCCAUCACCUUAAUAUGACAUUAAUUAAUAACUUUAAUUAAUUACAAAGAAUUACAAAUAUAAUAAAACUAAAUGGUUAAUAAAUACAAUGUAACAACAGUGCCCAUUGCCAAGCGAAUCUUUUAAGUACCUGUCCAUGAUAACAACAGUGGCCCAAAUUUUGCUAUCUUUUUAUUUAUUUACAUGAUUACAGACUGCAUUUUCGUAUAAAAUGUUUUGUGCUUCAAGAUUGAGGCUCAAAUGUUGAGGCUGCAAAACUAAACAUACUUACUAAAGAUUUAGCUACUUCAGGUAUGCUGAGACUUACUCCUGAAUGAACAUGCAUAAAACCAAGCUGGAAAAUGUCACAAACACCAUCCCUAAGAGACAGAGCUGCAAAGCAGGAAGCCCCCCCUGUUGGAACCUCAUCUCUUCUAUAAACUCUUCAGGCAGUCUUGGGGAAACCACACACUCUCAGCCUCAGCAUCUCCACCGGGGACCAGAAAAGCACUGUUGCUGAAUUGUACUACGGGGUUAUUUUAAAGGUCUGGGGCAAGUAGACUGGGCAUGGGGAGCUCUGUGGACACAGGAGAGAGCCAUGCAACCGCCCACAGCAAUGUAUUUAACACAUCCUCAUGACCAGCAUUACUGUGGUUGGAACCCUCAACUCCCCCCCUUUCCCUUUCCCCACCAACUGUAGACCACUGGCUGCUCCCUCCCCUUCCCCCCUGCCCCCUCAUGCUGUGAGGAGUCGGAAGGCCGAAAGGGGCACGAGAAAAGGCGAAGGCGAGUCACUCACUGGAGCAGAUGAGGGACAUGGCGAGCGCCUCUUCGGUCUCUGCCUCACGGCCACUUCCGGGCCACGAGAUCGAGGAGGAGGAUUCUACUUCCGGUGGCCGGGGCCAAGCUUCUUUAAACUGUACCGCGCGCCAGACGCCAGCGCGCGGGAGACUCCAGCAGUCGGCCGGAAGCGGAAUCUUCUUCUUCCUCCCGCCCCCGCACUUCCGGAAGGAAGGAAAGCAAAGGAAUCGCUGCGAGGCCAAACGGACCAGGAAAGGCAACCACCUUCCGGAUCCGGAGGGCUCCAGCGGUGCCGAUCAACAACUACAACUCCCGGCAUGCAUUGGGACCGAGGAGAAGCCGCGUUCGGCUGUGCGCGUGCCAAUCCGUAUUUGGAAGCCGUUCAGCUCUUGCUCCGCGCCCCUCUUUCUCGCGGCAAAAUUCGAGAGAACAAUGAAGAGCUAAAGAAUUGGAAUGCAUCCAUCGGGUUGCAGUAGCAGAUGGAGCAGCAGCAGCUGCUCCUUCUAGCUCUUAUUUCGUAGGUAUUUGUUUUUAAAGUACAUUGGGAAGUGCAGGGUGUUCGCACGCCAGGGCAGCGGGGCACAAAGACACCUGCCUGAACGCUGUCCAGGAGAGCAGAAGUGCUUCUUGCUGUCCUCUGCAGUUUAACGAGGUUAUUACAGUGGUACCUCAGGUUAAGUACUUAAUUCGUUCCGGAGGUCCGUUCUUAACCUGAAACUGUUCUUAACCUGAAGCACCACUUUAGCUAAUGGGGCCUCCUGCUGCUGCCGCGCCGCUGGAGCACGAUUUCUGUUCUCAUCCUGAAGCGAAGUUCUUAACCCGAGGUAAUAUUUCUGGGUUAGCGGAGUCUGUAACCUGAAGCGUAUGUAACCUGAGGUACCACUGUAGUGCUAUCCGAUACGCGUUUGGUAAGGAGAAUGUUUUGCUGAAAAUCCAGCCCAGUCUCAACUGCAUCUCUGCCCUGUGAUGUUAAUACACCGCAGGAGCGUCGUAAAUCCUUUUUUUAAGCGUGCAGAAAACGCUCAAAAGUCAGAUCAUAGGUUUCGCGUGAUAUAAACUCCCCAAGUUAGAGGGGAGCCGCUCUCUUUGCCAUUUCUUCUUGUUAAUUAAAGCUACAUGCGCUGCAAUAUAGGUUCCCUCCUGACUUCGUAAAAAGAUCUCCCCUUCCAUCCCAGGGAAGAGAAGCGGCAGCAGAAAUGCCUUAAGGAGCCUUGAAGUUUCAUAUCGAGAUAAGAACCUAGAUAUCUUCCAUAAUUAGGAGCCUGAAGGCGGCACCACCCACCGAAUGACAAUGUAAAAUCCCAGUAACGACCCUCGAGCCUAAUUGUGAUUGGAUCCGACGCACUAUUUGCGGCGGGAAGGACUCUCGCGGGAAGCAGACAGCAAAGUAUAUCUGUCGCUAUAAUUGGAAGCGCGUGGUUGCUUUAACUGGUGUGAAAGUCGCUGUAAAGAAGAACUGCAAUUCCCGGCAUGCUCCUGGAUAGAGCGUGGCGCCCCUUGCUCGUUCCUUUUGGACUGCAUUUCCCAGAGUGCAACGGGGAUUGGAGCUAUAUUUGAAUGGAAAGACGGGGGGGGGCGAUAAAGCUGCUCGCUCCGGACUUCCCCUCUAGGCCAAGUACCCAGGUAAGCAGCCCCGUCUCUGCGUUUUCUCCUCGGCGGCGGCGGCCAAUCAGCAGCCCCCGUUCGGCGCGUGCGCCCUCCUGCUCAGGUCGGCGCUGCUGGUGGGAAUCUUAGCGCGAAUCUCUCGGGAGCAGCCAGGAGCAAGAGCUCCCUCGUGCCAUUAACGACUUCAAGGCGGGAGCAGGCCAUCCCCAGGUGCAGGGGGAGAGAAUAAGUCAGGCUAAGGAGGGGCUUCAGAAAAUGGGAAGAAAAACAGGGGAGGGGGAAUUGUGUUUGGAAGGCGGAGUGAGGUUGUAUCUCUGUAAGAGAAACGGGAGGGGGAUGUGGGGUCGUGGCCCUUUAUUUAGACUUUUCACCCAGUGACUUGAGACCAAGUCAGUCCUGCACCCGCAAGAGAGAGUCUCGCCUUCCUCUUUGUAGACCCCCUGCGUCCUUCUGUGUACAGGUUGCUAGAAAAAUACUGCAGAGCAGACAGGAGUACGAUGGUCUUCAGCGUUCAUUAGAGAGCUGCUUGAUCUGCCUAUUAGCCUGGGGCUAAUGGGAGCUGGAGCUCAACUUAAUCCAGAGAGCCAUAGGUUCCCAACCCCGGCUUAGUGUUUGUACAGAGGGUGUGUGCUUCAUCCAGUUACAUCUAUUGUUCAACACAGUUUGUCUUGUUGCAUGCAAAAUGUACUUAGUACAGGUCAUCCUCUUGCAUGAAGUUCGACUUUUUGUUUGUACUGUAUGCAGAAUCCAUUUUGCUUCCAUUUGACUCUGGCAUGGGGCAAUGGAACUAAUGGUUUCAUCUAGUUUAGUAGUCUGCUCUGCUCACCUUCCUACUUAAUUUCUCUUUAUGUAGUGGGUGUUGUAGUGAGAAGAGGUGGCAUAUAUUUGCAUGGCUAAAAUGUCAUCCUUGUCACUCCUUAGAUUGCUUGCAGUACCAGAUAAACAUGACUUUAGGGAUCUCUCCUAUUUUGCAGAGAAGUUGGUUGCAAAGACAGCAGGAGUCAUGACUCGAUGGGGCCUCUCGUUACGGAGCUGCUUCCAGCCCCUGCCAAAACCAAUCUUGGCCGUAGUAGCACUGCUUGUGCUCACUCACAUAGGAAUAACCGAUGCCCAGCAGUACCGGAAUGAGCCAAAGCGAGCAAAGUAUGCCGAACCGGACUUUCUGUCCCAAGUGGGUCGUGCCAUGAGCGAGACAAUGGAGGAUUUGAUUGGACGAGAGAACUUUAGAAUAUUGAAUGAGGUAAGAAAGAAGUUCAUGUGAACUCCUCCUAUACCUGGGAGUAUAGGGUGGUAUAUAAAUUCAAUAAAAUGAUGAUGAUGAUAUUUAGUGGUUUUCAUGUAUCUGUGGCAAGUCGCUAACUGGCGGACAAAUAAGCUAAAUGUUUAGGGGGGAAAGCACAGUGAACAGGUCUUUCUGGAUUGAACCACUUUAGAAUGCAGUUGGGGAUUACAUAAUUGAACACUUUGCUAUGUGGUGGUGAUGGGGAAACCAGUCAGAGUUUUGCCUUGACAUGCUAGUUUACUUUGUGUUGGGAUUUUGAACAAGAGGGAACAUUUCCAGCAUACAUUCCUUUGGCUUUGUUCAGAGUUGGUAUGAGUCCAAGGAGAGUUGUACCAUCUGCUUUUUCUAGAUGAUUAAAUUAAAUCUAUGACAAAACUGAUUUUGACCAGUUUUAUGUCAUCUUGUUGCUCUUUUCCCACUCAUUUCAUCAGCUGAGGGAGCUAUCCAUCGCUACAUUUCGUUACCCAAGCAGAUGGGUUCUGACAAAAGGGACAGCCCUUUUGAAUUCUGACAGCUGGUAAUGGAGUGAAUAGAAAACACCCAAGUGUGCAUCUUCUCUUCUUGCAGAAUAUUUCUUCCCUGGUCUGGAUGGUGUCCUCUGGGAUCUCUGCAGCAUUAUUUGUUGUGGCUCAAAUUACAGGGCAGCUCCUUACUUCCUUUGGAAUAGCUGGUAAGUGACCAGGAGAUAGGUUGGAUGGAAAGACAGGGUAGUGGUGUUCAACUAAAUUUUACUUAGAGCAGACCCAUUGAAAUUGGUUAACAUAAUUUAGCCAUGUUCGUUCAUUUCAGUGGGUUUACUCUGUGACAAACUUAGCUGAAUACCACCCCAGGAGUCCAAAAGAUGUCGCAUAUUCAGUCCCCCUUUCUUACUUAUUUGUCUUUAAAGCAUGAGCAACCUAGGCUGCAGCCCUACUCAACUCAGUGGGACUGUCUUCCAAGCAAAUAAAGCAUAGGUUUGUGAUGUUAAACUUAUGUCAGUGGUGGUGGUGGGAUGGAGCAGGGUUGGGAUUGGCAUAUAGGAAUACGAUUGAACCCAUACUGGUUCCUAAUUUAUUAUUGUUCUUAUUGUUAUUUUGGCUCAGAGAUGCAGCAUGAGUCAUGUUUGCCCAAGAGGUGUUUGCAUUUCUCAGACAUACACUUCCUCCUUGUGAACUGGAUGUGACUUUCCAAAUGGUGUUUUUGAUUGUGGCAGAUAAUGUUGUACAGAUUUAAAUCCCUCUAGGCAUAUCCAAGUCUUUAAGCAUCCAGAAGUGGUUAAUUAGAUUCCAACCCCGUGUUUCGUCUGUGUGUAUAAAAUUGAUUUUCAGGGUCAGUGGGUUAAAGCUUUCAAAUUGAAUCUGAUCUUUUUAAAAUGACAAAGGUGACAACAACACCAAAAGUGAAAUGGAUUUUGUAAAAAGUGUUCAGAAAAUAUUGUUCAAAAGCCGUUUAUUAUCUAAUUUUAACGUAUUUCAGGUAAAUCGUUUCUUUUAAAUAGUUUUUUUAAAUUAUUUUUAUUCAAUUUCCAAUACAAGAUUUAAACAUACAUUUUCAAUAUUAUCACAAAUACAUAAUUUUGACUUCCUUCAGCUCAUCCGCGAAUCUUCCGUUUUCUAAUCUAUCCGCAAUUCUAAAUUUAACAUUGCCUUUUAUUUUAAAUAAACCUAUUCCCUUAUUCCCUUUUUUACAGUGUUUCUAAUAUUAUUUCUUCACAAAGCUUCCUGUAAACCCACAAACGUUAUUUGCGUAUCACAAAUGCUUUUCAUAUAGUCAGUCCAUAAAUUUACUCCAGUCCUUGGUAAACUUGUGAUCUCAUCGGUUUUGGAUCCUUCCUGUUAGUUUAUCUAAUUCUGCGUAGUCCAUUAAUUUCAUUCUCCAUUCUUCUAUCGAUGGUAAUUCUUCCUGCUUCCAUUUUUGGGCCAGUAGUAUUCUUGCUGCUGAUACUUAUUAUCAAACUUAUUAUGCAAACAUUAUUAUUAUUAUUAUUAUUAUUAUUAUUAUUAUUACUAUUAGCAGCAGCAGCAUCUUGGGACUAGUAGCGGAGCCAUUACUGAUGCAUUGUGGGAGGGAUGCUUCCUUCUGGAAUGUAGUGGUGCCAUAGUCAUGAAAUGGUGUAGUGCCACACUGGGUUGAAUGAUUUUAUAAAACUUUUCCCUUUCUCCUUUGUGUUCCAGGGGAGCGUGCAACUCAGUUCCUGAAGCUAAACCCUGAACAGGUGCAGACAGCGCUGCUCUGGGGCCUGGCUGCUCUGCUUGGUUAUUGGGUGUUGUCGCUGCUGUUGAGUGUGUUGGUCGCCAUCUUGAGCCGCAUCAUGUGGGGCCUCAAGUUUGUCCUCUUUGGGGCCUGCUUUAUGUUUAUUGUCACCUCAGUGCCUGAUCGCUCUGUGCAAACUAUGCUUCUGUCAGGUUUACUUACACUGUAUGUCCUGCUUGGUUGGCUGAGUGGGUCAAACCACUCCGGGGCCCGACUAGAAGCCGAAGUGCGCAGCUUGAAGUGUCAAGUGGCAGAGCUGCAGCGCAGGCAGAGGCGCUCUGCCAAGCACCUGGAUGAAGAAUGAAGUUCUGGGAAGCUUAUUCUCUCCAUGUAUCUUCAAUAAGAGGCAACUGUUUUCUGCCUGUCUUCACUUACUCCCUGAUUCCCUCCUAGACUGUUGAUGCUCUCUUGUGAGUCUUUCACUCAUAGCUAAGCAAGAACAUGCAAAUACAUAAUGGAACUUCUGUACAGGAGAAGAAAGAUUCUGGGAUACUAUCUUACCAAUUGUCACUCCAGUGACAUGUUAAAAGCGCUCUCCAUCUCUUGACUUUCCUGUCGUGUGUUUUGUUUUGGGUUCUUUCAUACCUCCUCCUUCUAGACCUCUACCUUUCAUCUUCCUCUUGGAUGAUGAGCUUGCUGGUGAAGUGAGGGUGCUGUUCACUCAAUUAUUACUUUUAAUACCAGUUUCUCUAUAGUGCUGCAUAUCAGGAUAGAAGAAUGGGGUGUUGAACAGAUUGCUCUGAGAAUCUCGGUCUCAUAUGUUUCACCAGCAUGCCAGUAUGUAUAUUGGACAGUAAAGGCAAGUGCCUUCUUGAAAGCUAAAGCUGAUUGUCAUGAUUGUGAUGACAACAGAACAAACCACAAUGUUGUGUUUUUGUGUGCGUGUGUGCAUGCAUAUGCUGGAAAAGCGUGUUUCAUUUCCAGCUCCUUAUAAGCCAAAGAUACUCAUGUAGAACCAAUGGCAAGUAGCAUUCAGCUGCUUUGUUCUGGGCAGAAAUAAGCCAUAGACAAAAGUGAAUGUUUGUAGCUCUUCCCUCCAGACAGAAUUUGUACCUCUACCAAAUGGAAUCACAAGCCCAGACUCAAGUACUUUUUCUGCUUGCUUUGGCUUGGAGGCAUAACUCACUCAAUGGUAUAAGCCACAUAUCUGUUACCAACAUAUAUUUUUAAACUGCCAGUUUUUAAACAAAUGGGGUAUUUUUACACUCUUCUAAAUAAAAGCGUAUUUAAUCAUUUUC